AUGUAUAAUCCUUACCAAGCUCCGGGUCUUUAUGGCACUGCUCCUGACUAUGGUGCCUAUGGUGCGCCUCCGGGCAUGGCACCUCCUCCGGGGAUGGCAGCCCCAGGUACUGCUGCUCCUCCCGGCAUGCAGCAAGCAAAUACCCAUCCAGGAAGCUUCCCUCCCAACUUCCAGCCGCCUGCGAAUAUGCCAAACAUCAAUUUCUCCGCACCGGUGAUUCGCUUGGGUACCUCGGGCCCGGCCAAACCUGCAGCUCAAGAGAGUGGCCGGGAACGGGGAUCCGAUGCUCCUGGGCGCCGCGGUGGUCUGGGGUCAAUGGGAAUGGAUACCCAACGCCAUCAUGGUCGCGAUACCAUGAUGCAGCUCCAGCCGCCUACUCGCGACGAGAUCGUGCGCACGCUUUUUAUCGGCGGUAUUACAGAAGGCGCGGGUGGUGAUGAUGGCAUUGAGCGUAUUCUACGAUCUACUGGUAUCUUGCGUCGCUGGAUUCGCGCCACAGAUGCUGAUGACAAACCUUGCCGUUUUGGCUUUGCCGAGUAUGAUGACCCAGAGAGUCUUGAGGUCGCAGUUGAAACCUUGAAGAACGUGGAAGUGCCGGUCAAGAGACAGACACCCCGCGCCGAGGGUGAGGAAGAACAAGAGGUCGAAAAGAGCACGCUUCUGGUCGUCGUCGAUGAAGGUACCCUCACCUACCUAGAGCAAUUCGAGUCUAGCCGAGCAGAACAAGACCCCGAGGAACGCCAGGAACGUUUCACUGCUGCCCGUAAAAACCUUGAUAAUGUAUUAUCGAGCCUUUUCCACCCCGUAGCCCCCCUUCCAAAGGAGGAGGUGUCAGCCCUUGAUCGGGAAGGCGACAGUGAAAUGAAGGAUGGCGAGCUUGCGAAGGACGGGGAAGUGGUCACCAUUCCCAUUACAAUUGAGGACGAGCUAGCCGAUAUUCCCCCUGAGAUGCGCGCCAAUGUGGCCAAGGAGAUUGCAGCUUUCCGUGAACGAAGCACCCGCCGCGACAUCGAGCGUAUGAAACGCGAGGAAGAGAUCGAGUCAAUGGAGCGUGCACGCAAUUCCGGGUCUAGGAUCAAUCGGCUUGCUUCGCCUCCGGUAUCUGCUCCCAGCGGUCCUGCUGCCGGUAUUAACGGUAUUCCGUUGGGCCCGCGGGAUCGCAAUGUGUUGAACGCACCUUCUGGCCCGAAGGCGUUCGGUGUGCAGAUUCCCAAGGAUUACCAGAAGGGAGUUUCUUUUGUGAAUGGUGGAGCGCUCAAUGGAGUUUCCAUCGACCGUGAAGGCGAGGAUUCCGAUGCCAGCGACGAGGAAAUCGAACGCCGCAGACAGGAUCGGCUUAAGGCCGAGCAAGAGAAGCAAUUCUCAGACCAAGAGCGCCGCUGGCUUAGCCGUGAGCGCAGCCGAACCGCUGCCCUGGAACGAGAGAAGAAGCGCGAGGAUGAGGAAGACGGAAAAUUGCAAGCUGCGCACGAUGAGAUGGAGGCACGACUUGCCGCUUGGAACGACGAUAUCGAGGACAGCCGGAAGGCGGUCGAUUACUACGCAGACCGAGGUGCCUGGCUCCGGAACCGUGCAAGCUUCCGUGCUCGUGAGGCCAACAUUGACGAUGCCGAUCGCGCCGCUGAGGAUCGCGAACGUGUGCAAUCUGCUAAGCAGCAAGAGCACGCUCGCGGUAUGGCCGACGACUUCCUCGCCCGCCAGGCAAAGGAGCUCGAGACACGUCCCCAGGAGGCACCGCGCGAACCCCAACGCUUCAAGCUCUCUCUUGGAGCCGCUGCGCAGAAGGCCCAGGCCGCAACCAGCCGCCGCGCAAUGGCCGAUGUGGAAGGUCUGCUGGAGGACGAGGAAGAGCCCGUUGCUACAACCCGUCGCCCACUUAUUCCGAUCAAAUUCGAUUCUGCGGCCGAAGCUGCAGGUCUCACGGACGAGGAACGUGCUCAGGCGGCCCGUCAACUCGCCGCAGAGAUUCCGGCCGAGAAAGAGGGCCUGUGGAACUGGGCGGUCAAGUGGGAAUUUGUGGACGACGCCGUCAUCGCCGACCAGCUUAAGCCAUUCGUCGAGAAGAAAAUCGUCGAAUAUCUUGGUGUACAGGAGCAAAUGUUGGUCGAUGUGGUGGAGGAACAUGUGCGGAAGCAUGGAUCGCCUCAGGAGUUGGUGGAACAGCUGGCCGAAGCAUUGGACGAAGAGGCCGAAGUCCUUGUUCGCAAGCUUUGGCGGAUGAUCAUUUUCUGUUCCGAGAGCGAGAAACGAGGCCUGUCCUCUUGA